AUGAAUCAUGCACUUGAAAUUGCCUCUCUUCAUUCAAGAACAAAAAGAAAUCCAACCAAUCAACAAAGAGAAGCAAUUUUUGCAGCUGUGUUGCUGCAAAGUGUGAAUGGAAAAUUAAAGAGAAGUUCUGUAAGAGAGGUUGCUGAAUUGUUCUCGACUAGUAUCAACACAAUGCGCCGAAUUUGGAAUCGAGGGAUGGCUUGUAUUACUAAUGGAGUGAUGGUCAAUGUUUACAGCAAAAUGCCUUCAUGCGGUCGCAAACGAGUACCAAUCGACUUCACCAAAAUAAGGGAUAUUGAUCGCGCCCGUCGAACAAACAUCCUAUCAUUGGCAGCGGCAAUGAAAGUCCCAAAAACAACCAUUCACAGUGAUGAUGAAAAUCAGCCAAGAAAAUUCAAGAGUAUGUACAACUAUGUUCACAUUGAUGAAAAAUGGUUCUACAUGACAAAAGAAGCGGAGAGGUAUUAUCUACUCCCGGAAGAAGAAGAACCUCACCGCACUUGCAAACAACCAGCCCGACGAUCCAGUAAAAAUCACCCUGCGGGUAUAUUGGAGACAAAGGCAAUAAUAUCGGUAACCAAAGAUAUUAUUCGCUCUUGCAUGAUUAAUCAAGUUUUGCCUGCAAUCCACUCUAAAUGGCCACAUUCUAGUGCACAUGAAACCAUAUUUAUUCAACAAGACAAUGCAAAGCCACAUAUCCAACCAUUCGAUCUUCAAUUUGUUGAAGUGGCAACGAAAUAUGGAUUUGAUAUCUGUUUAUCGAAUCAACCUCCAAGUAGUCCGAACAUGAAUGUUUUGGAUCUUGGUUAUUUUAGAGCAAUUCAAUCAUUGCAACAUCAAGAGGCGCCUAAGACAGUUGAUGCGCUUGUCAAUGCGGUGGAAAAAUCUUUUGAAGAAUUGUCGACGGAUAGUCUUAAUCGUGUGUUCGUAUCAUUGCAAGCGUGUAUGGUUGAAGUGAUGAAAGUUCACGGGGGAAACAAUUAA